GCGAGGAACACAUCAGACCAUCGCGUGACUGAACGGCCCGUGGUAAUGACAGCUCCACAGAGCCGGUGCAGAGACAAGGAGUACUAGCGGCAGCACAUCGGGGACACACCACACUGUCCGUGUAAUCUUUCAUUCGUGGAUAUUUAAAUAGAAGAAUACAGACAGUAUGGUGGCUGUUUGAAAGGACAACGAUGGCACAGAAAGACACGCUGCUUCAUCUCUUUGCCGGCGGGUGUAGUGGUACGGUGGGGGCCAUCGUGACCUGUCCACUGGAGGUAUUGAAGACGCGCUUGCAGUCCUCCGGCCUCACCCUCCGGCCUGUCUUCCAGGUCCAAUUAGGCACACUAAGUGGCACUGGGGUUAUCCGACCGGGGACUGUCACGCCUGGGCUGCUACAGGUCUUACGAUCGAUUCUUGAAAAAGAGGGACCAAGAUCACUUUUCCGUGGUCUGGGGCCGAACCUGGUUGGUGUGGCCCCCUCAAGAGCCAUUUACUUUGCUGCGUACUCGAAAGCUAAAGAAAUGUUCAAUGGACUGUUUGUGCCAAACAGUGGACUGGUGCACAUGUCCUCUGCGGGUGCUGCAGCUUUUGUUACAAACUCUCUGAUGAAUCCCAUCUGGAUGGUCAAGACUAGGAUGCAGCUGGAAAAAAAAGCCAGAGGAGAGAAAAAGAUGAAUGCACUGCAGUGCGCCCGCUAUGUAUACAAAAUGGAGGGAGUCCGGGGUUUCUACCGAGGCCUCACCGCUUCUUACGCUGGCAUCUCGGAGACCAUGAUCUGCUUCCUCAUUUACGAGUCACUGAAGAAAUAUCUCGCCAAGAGCAAGUAUGCCUCCCCGAAUGGCGAAAAUGAGAAAGGAGCAUCAGAUUUCCUUGGUUUAAUGAUGGCAGCUGCUUUUUCAAAGGGUUGUGCGUCCUGCAUCGCCUAUCCACAUGAGGUCAUACGCACAAGGCUUCGUGAGGAAGGCAGCAAGUACAAGUAUUUCUUCCAGACGGGGAGGUUAAUAGCAGUGGAGGAAGGCUAUGCAGCUUUUUACAGAGGACUCAUUCCACAGUUAAUUAGACAAAUUCCUAACACAGCCAUCGUCCUCUCCUCUUAUGAACUCAUUGUCCAUCUGCUGGGAGAUUCCAAAUGAGGCCAUGUUUGAAAGUUUGCAUCUUUCUGACACACUGAGCAACAGACUUUUAAACAAUGUAGCACAAACUGUACAUAUUUUGAUGUGGCGCUACAGAGACUUUUUACGGUGGAACUGAAGCAGGUUGGACUGUUAUCCAAAGAAUUUAUGAAAGUUUAUGAAAAAAAAUGUUCUAGAAGCUGUGGUACUUACUGAAGCUCCAAACCUGUGAAAAAAGGUCAUCUACUUUGAGGACUAGCCCUUAAGUUAAUUAAGUUAUUUUAGCUUUUGUUAUUUUAUGACAGUGUUUAUUUUAUUACUGGUAAAUGUCCCAUCACAAGAAGAAUUAUGUUUGACAAAUGCAAUGUGAUGGUUUUGAUUUACAGAUAAAUUUAUCAUAUUUUUCAUUCAUAUAUAUACAUAUAUAUGUUUGUGUGUGUGUAUACUGUAAACGGGCUUUAUCUGUAUUUUUUUCUUUGUGAAAGAAAUGGACACCUUUUCCUACAUAAUGAAAACUUGGAUGCUUAUUUGACCAGUGGUUCAAUAAAUUGCAUCAAGAAAGUA